GCAGACAACACAUCUCAUCGCCUCCGGCAACGCUCGACCGAGCAUUGCAACGACUGGUCUGGGCCCUCUUGGGACCGAAGCGCGCCGCAAACCCCAGAGGACACCCACGCAGAAGCCUUGCCGCCCACGGAUCGAGUCCGCCGCCCACAUUGCGACUGGUCGCGGCGAUUGGCCUUUCAUAGAGUGUAAGCCAGCCCCAGUCGCCGAGACUGGGGUCGUAUCAAGAUGUCUGUCAUCCUCUGUACCGCUGGGUACGAUCACACCAUCCGCUUCUGGGAAGCCCUCAGUGGAAUUUGCUCGCGUACCAUUCCGCAUCCCGACUCCCAAGUCAACCGAUUAUGCAUAUCUCCAGACAAGCGCUUUCUCGCCGCUGCUGGACACCAUACUGUCAAACUCUAUGAUAUCAAGUCGACGAAUCCCGCCGCAGUACUCACAUUCGAGGGCCACACCGGCAACAUCACUGGCGUUGCGUUCCACUGUGAAGGCAAAUGGAUGGUAACAUCUUCAGAAGACGGCACUGUGAAGAUUUGGGACACCCGCAGUGGCCACAUCCAGCGCAAUUAUUCACAUGGCGUUCCUGUGAAUGACGUCGUUAUUCACCCGAAUCAAGGCGAGCUCAUCUCUUGUGAUCGUGGAGGUAAUCUCCGGAUCUGGGACCUAUCAGAGAACAAGUGCAGUCAUCAGCUAGUGCCAGAGGAAGACAAAAGUAUUGCUUCAGUCACUGUGGCCACGGAUGCUUCACUUCUUUGCGCUGCUGUCAGCUCAAGCACAAAUGGCGCUGUGUUCGUAUGGCGACUUGUCACUGUCAAGGAUAUGACUACCCUCAUUCCAAUCACGAAAUUCAAAGCACACGGCACAUACAUCACCAGAGUCCUGCUGUCGCCAGACGUUCGUAAGCUCGCCACUUGCUCUGCCGACCACACCGCGAGAAUCUGGACUGUUGAUCUGGAGAAGGCCGCAUCGCCAGAAGAGACGACAGAUGAAGAUGGUGCCGUCGUGUCCGCCUCUGGCGAGGACAAUACUGGGGCAUUCCCACUCGAGAAUGAACUGGACGGCCACCAACGCUGGGUGUGGGACUGCGCUUUCUCGGCAGAUUCUGCAUACCUCGUCACCGCUUGCAGUGACCACUAUGCAAGGUUGUGGGAGUUGGCGAGUAAGAAUAUCAUUCGACAGUAUAACGGGCACCAUCGUGGCGCUGUCUGCGUCGCACUGAACGACUAUUCUGAGACGAGGUGAUCGGUAUUGAUGAAUGCGGACAGAGUUGCAUGGAGGGAGCAACAGGCGUCACGGCGUUGACUACAAUUUGCUCACGGGACAAGGCACUGGCAAUGUCACUACAUCGCGAACACAAAGUGGUCAGUACGAAUUAUUUCUGCCAUAAGUGCGCAUCCGCAUCGUUGUCAGUCGUGGAUUGGGAUAUGUGCCUUGAUUUCCAACUGUAAUUUCACCAAUACGGACACUGCUACCACUAUCAGAAAACCCAAAGCAUGAGCUGUGCUCUUUCUCCCAUUAUCG